UAGGUUACCUACACUGACUAAAGCCUCCAUCAUCCCAUUCAUAGAUGGCACUGACAUUGAAAGGUCGGUAAGUUAGGUCGUCGUCCUGUCAGAAAUUUUAGUACCGAUGACAGCUGAUAUGUCGUCUCCGUUCUCCGGUUUAGGACCUUCUUUCUAAAUUUCGUACUCGGCUACGCGAAACGAAGCAAAAAACGUGGGGUUGUUCGAACGCAAUACGUAGCGAACGGUGGUAAUGGCCAACAUUCGAAAUUAAAUGGGACUUCGGUCCGCUGUGAAUUAAAAUUUUUAAAAAAUCGACGCAAGUUUACCCAGGAUAGGGGACAUCAUUAUGCCGAGGUAUUACGAGAACACCACCGUUUUCAAUUUUACGUGGGACCAAGUGGCUCAGGCCUUCUGGAGGCGAUAUCCUAAUCCAAACAGUAAGCACGUUUUGAGUGAGGAUACUGUGGUAAGGAGGGUUGAUGCCGGAAAACUAAUUAGUAAAAGACUGCUCAGUAAAACAAAUUCCAUUCCGAAAUGGGCUGAAAGGUUCUUUAGCGGUUCUCAUAUUUAUAUCGUUGAAGAAUCUACAGUUGAUCCAAAAAAUAAAGUUCUUAUUACAUAUACAAGGAAUUUGGGUUUCACCAAAGUUAUGAGUAUAACUGAGAAAGUAAUAUAUAAAGCGAGUGAUUCACAUCCAGGCCAAACAAUUGCGGUUAGAUCAGCAUGGAUUGAUUCACAAGUGACCGGAUUUAGUAAAGCAAUAUGUGCGUUUGGUUAUGAACGUUUUCGAAAGAAUUGUGCAAAGAUGGCGGGUGGAUUUAAUUAUGUAUUAACGAAUAUGUUUCCUUUACAAAACGUGAUCGCAACAACACAACACACGGUGACGGCUGCGCACAAAUUGAAAGACGUUGCUAAAAACGCCUCCGAACUGGCAAAAGCAAAAGCAGCCCCGAUCUAUGCCAGUUUACACCCGAACCAGUCGUAACACGUAGAUUUUUAAGGAGUAACUUAGGCCGUAUGUGUAUAUUAUGUAAUAAAAAAAAUGAAAAUGUGACAGGAACUUUUGGAUUUUUGAAUUUCGUUUUUAAUAUUUUGGGUCUUAUGCAUUUAAGAUCGUAAAAUGCCAUUAUAAAUAAGUAAAUAAAUAUAUAGUUAAGAAAAUUAA